AUCGACAAAGGGGGCACCAGACAUCGUGGUAAAUGUAAACGGUAGAUGAGUCUCAGCUGAAUCUUCUUCAUGUAGUUUUAACAGAAAACAGAUACGGUUCGUGAAAUAUGUCCACUUGCCAGUUAACGUUACAAUCACAGGUCCCUCCGACAUUAGCUUACAGUGGAAUAAGGUAAACAAUGAUUUUGUCAAAGAUAGAGCAGGUUUUUUCAAUGUCAGUCUCUAAAAUCAGCCACACCAGAAAGCGCACAUGAAGUGUUUGGUGUCAAAUCAUAUGAUCAUGCUGCCAUCAAUGUUUCGUGGGAUAUGGAGAGCUGCUGUCGGCAAUCUUAGGACAAGAAGAACUCCAGCUCGCAGAUUAGUUUCCACCUGCGAUGGAGUCCAAGUUGGACUGGCGGAUGCUGAGACGAUCUUUGCAUUGUCAUCGGGCCAUGGCAGGUGUGGAGUGGCUGUGGUACGAGCCAGUGGUCCAGCCUCAUCCACAGCUCUGAGGUGUAUGACCAGGCUCACACGCAACCUGCCUCCUCCACGGAAGGCCCUGUUACGCAGCAUCACAGACCCCCAAUCCAAAGAAGUGCUGGACCGUGGACUUGUCUUCUGGUUCCCAGCUCCACACAGUUUCACAGGAGAGGACAGUGUGGAGUUCCACAUCCACGGCGGUCCUGCUGUCAUUACUGCUGUCUUACACGCUCUAGGAAGCGUGCCUGGCAUGAGACCUGCUGAAGCUGGAGAGUUCACACGGAGGGCCUUUCAAGCAGGGAAGCUCGGUUUAACGGAGGUGGAGGGGCUCGGGGAUCUGAUCCAUGCUGAGACAGAGGCUCAGAGGAGACAGGCUCUCAGGCAGAUGUCAGGAGACCUGGGACGCCUUUAUCAGGACUGGAGCCACAAACUGAAACGGUGUCUGGCUCAUGUUGAGGCCUUCAUAGACUUCAGUGAGGACGAGCUCAUUGAGGAUGGGGUCUUAAACCAAGUGGACACAUGGGUGUGUGAUCUGCAAGCAGAGAUUGAGCGCCACCUACAGGAUGAGAGGAGGGGCGAGCGGCUACGCACGGGAGUCCAGGUGGUCAUCGCAGGAGCUGCCAAUGCAGGGAAAAGUAGCCUUCUUAACACACUCUGCCAGAGACCUGCAGCCAUUGUGUCUCCCAUUGCUGGCACCACCAGGGACAUCGUAGAGACGGCACUGGACAUCGGUGGAUUCCCUGUCCUGUUGAGUGACACAGCCGGCCUCAGAGAGAGCCCGGACCUGGUGGAGAGAGAGGGGGUCCGCCGUGCUCGGGAAAGAGUGGAUCAGGCAGAUCUGACCCUGGUGGUUGUGGACUGUGCUCAUCUACCUUCUGAUGCAGAGCAAGCUGCAACCUUCCUUGAGGGGCACCUCCGCAGUGUCCUGUCCCCUCAGGAGCAGCCUGAGUCAGUAUUUCCUGCAGAGAGGUCUCUUUUGGUGCUAAAUAAAACUGACCUUUUGCCUGAGGAGCAGAGGCUGGAGCUGGACUGGGAGCUGAGAAGGGUCUCUGGACUCCCUCCUGUUUGUCACAUUUCUUGUCACACUAAUGAGGGACUGCAGGACUUCCUUGCAGUGCUGCACAGAAGUGUCAAGACUCUGUGUGGCGACCCUCUGUCUUGUGCCCCCACCCUGACCCAGGCCCGCCACAGGGCCCACCUGCAGCAGUGUUUUGCGGCCCUGGCUCAGUACCAGCGAUAUCGAGACAUUGACCUCGCUCUGGCAGCCGAGGGUGUCCGGUUGGCUCUCACGAGUCUGGGCCGGAUCACUGGACAUGUCGGGGCAGAGGAGAUCCUGGAUAUCAUCUUCAAAGACUUUUGCAUUGGAAAAUAGUCAGUUGAGUAUCAGCAAAAACAUGAAAUACAUGAAAUAUCAGUCCGCUCGCCUGCAGAAAGGAAGGCUGCAUUCUUGUUUGAUCCCAGAGUAUCGGUAAAGAAGGGCACCGCCCCAUCAUUGUGCCAGGUUUUGAGGCCCUAAGAUUAAAAAGAAUACAAUGUGUGUCCUUUGCUGUAUUAUCACUCUGCUCCCAAGACACAGAACUAUUUGUUUUCUGAUGAUGCUCGACAGCAGAAUUAAACAGUUUUCACAAGAUUGCAGGCGCCUCGGAAGCCUCUUGUGCGGGACGAGUUGAAUAGUAUUUUAAAAAUAGCUUCUGAAAGCCUUUGGUAGGUGAACAUUGGGCUCUUGGGUCGCACCAUAACAGCCAAGAUCAUUUAAAAUGAAGCCAGUUGCAAACCUCUGCAAGGUCAUUGUUUGGAUGAAUAAACAUAACAGCCCAGUUACUUUAAACAUGCAUUUUUAUUACUGUAACAUUAUAAGGAGGUAUAACAAUCUAUUUGUAGACACUUGAACAUGAAUGUUUUGCCUUAACUAGAAUAUCUGAUGCAAGCCAAAUUCUAAUAUCUGACAUGAAUUUUUGACUUCUGUAUUAACAUUAAAGACUACUUUACUGUG